AUGAUUACUCUGACAUACAAACCAAUUUAUAUAAUAUCAGCAUUUGAAACUUCUAAGGAACAAGAAAUUUCUAUUUUCACAACACAUAAAAUUCUAGUAAUAUAUGAAAUUCAAGUUUCUGUAUUACAAGAAAUUCAAGUUCUUGCUACACAAGAAAUUACUGUUUCUGCAGUGCAAGAAAUUACAACUUCUGAAGAACAAGCUCCUGCAAUACAAAAAGAUACCUUAAUUAUUUCAUUAAAAAAGUCUCAAGCUAUUGUGACUUCAAUUUCUACUCAAUUACAAAAACAAAAUAAUAGAACUUCAAGGAUUUCUAAUUCUUAUACUUAA